AUAAAAUUCAUCCUAUGUGGAAGUAGCAUAAUUUUUCAACAAAAAAAAGCUCCAGUCUUUAACUUUAGUAUUUUAGUUUUUUAUUCAGUAGAGAAAAAAUUCCAUGUUAACAAAAUUAACAGUGGCACAAGUGUGCAAACAUCUACAAAUCUCUAAAAUAGGUAUAUUUGAAGCCCUUUUAUUGAUUUAUACUUGAUUUUUGAAAUAGGUCUUAGUGUUCAGAAGCUUCUAAUUGAUAAUCCAUGUUUUUUCUGUAUCAUUGGGCAGGCUUACCAUAAGCAGAGACCCAUCUGUCUUAGUCACUAACCUCUAGGCUUGAUCAGGAACAUAUUUAUCUUACCACCGCACACCAUAGUAAGAGAGAUAAUAAAAAGUGUUAGAGGACUAUGCAAUGGCUGACAUCUUGGAGUCACUCAAUCAGCAUUGCAACCAUUAGACACAAUCUGCGUGCUGGUACCACCCUACUAAUACCGUGCUUUGAUCAGAUGAAAUAUUUGGACUUUACAGAAAUAAAGAAUCCAUUAAAAAUCUGUUGGACUCUGCCAGUAGACUGAAAAUGGGCCAUCAUUAGCUCUUUCAGCAAGAUGGUGAUCCAGAAUAUAUGUCCAAAUCAACAGAAAUAGUUCAGACACAAACUCAGCUUUGUUCCAUGGCCAUCUCAGCCCCAGACCUAAACCGUGAAGAAGACUUGCAGGGUGAGCUGAAAACAGGGGAAUAAAAGAGAGUACCCAGGACUCUGGAUGUUCCAGGAUGCACAAAACAAACAUUUUCAACAAUAAAAUAAGAAUUUUUAAAUUUCAGACUCAUCUGAUGAAUGUUUGAGAUUUCAUGACAUAUCCACCCAAAGAUGCAGUUUAUUUGGACCAGUCCCACAAAGCACUGGCUUUGUAACUCCAUUCGGUUAAUCUAUUGCAUUAUCGUAGUGAUCGCUUCCAUCACUGUUUUCAGAACAGAAUCUAAUUUGUAAACAUUCAGCUUCUCCAAGUUUCCUGGUGUGUUUUGUUCUGAGAGCUUGUGCCGCCUCCUAAGCCAUAUGCCCAUAUCAAACUCGCCCGCUGAUUAAAGGAUGGGUGCCAAUAUUUGCACCAUUGAUGAUUUUCACUAAAGAAAUGAUUUGUUGUUUUUUUUCUAAAUUACCCCAGUGUGAGAUUAUGCUGCUGCAUUAAAAUAUAAAUUUAGUUUUUGGGUUUUUUUGCACAUCUUUACCAGUAAUGUAAGACGCCACCAUUUUUACAGAGGUUCUCAGGGUUGAUUAAUAUGGAAACUUGAAACAUUGCAACACUAGGUAGGGUCUUUUUGGGUUGAGUAAAGACAAAUCACUGAUGUUAGUUAAUCCUGUGUCCUAAAUGUAACCCUUCAUAGUGCCUAUUCAGAGCUGGAAAACCAGGCUUGAUGAGCUGCCCGUUGAAUCUCUCUUAGACCUCAUCUGCUUCUGUGCUUCUGUUGCUCGUUUUUAGCAGAAAACAGAAAGUCAGCUGCAGAGGCAGUCUGAGAUGUCUGAAAAUGAUACAUUUGACAUACCACGGGUUUGCCUGAGGGUCUGUUUAUGGUGAGUAAAGGAAACCAGCUCCUGUAUAAUUAUGAGCUGUCCUGUGAGCCGUGUUCGCGUUUAAAAGGCAAUAAUAAUAAUAUCACCGAUAGACGGAGUGUGGGGGAGGGACUGCUUCUCCUCCUUACGCCAUCUCACAUUACCGAGCUAUAGUGGAGUAGCGAGGUCAGCACAGAACCAGCUGGGACACAUGAGCCUGCCGACAAAUCCAAAUGUGAUCAAACGCCGCUCUGAGGAUCAUUACGCCCCUCAACCGAAAGUUUCUUUUCCCCAGAAUCUCCUUUACGCACAAGGCCACGAUGAGAGAGCGCAACGCAUAGGUGAGCGGACUCACGAUGAGACUAGGCGGCGUGGCCCGGCUAUAUCCGGUCAGUCAGUCGGUGUUCUGAGUGACGGUGGCAGCUGUGAAGCUUGGAUGAGGAGUCUUCUCAUGGGACUUCCCAUGCCUGAAGCGCCUGAUCCGGAGGCAAUGUAAGGAGCACGCAAACCUCCUGAACACAGAUGACAUCAGGGCUCUUCUCUCUGGGCCCGACAGCUGACACCAGCGGGAGCAGAUUGGAAAGGAAGAGGGGACGAAUCCAUCUUUGAGCCGGGCGCACACAGUACACCGAGCCUGAAGGUUGGGGUACGUAGCAUGGGAGUGCAAUGUUGUCCAGGAAGGGACUCAUUCCUGAGGAUUACUUGCUGACACGAUUAGCUGAGGAUGUUCUGCAGCCGAAGUUCAAGACUAAACAAGGGAAGGCUCGGUUUGUGGGGAAGAACGGCACCUGCAACGUUGCGCACACUAACAUCAGAGAACAGGGUCGGUUCUUACAGGAUGUGUUCACCACUUUAGUGGAUUUAAAAUGGCUCUACACUCUCAUUAUUUUCACCAUGUCGUUCCUGUGCAGCUGGCUCCUGUUCGGGAUGAUCUGGUGGCUUGUGGCUUUUGCGCAUGGAGACCUGGAUCAAAGGGGGGAUGAUUUUGUCCCGUGCGUAACGGACAUUCACUCCUUCUCCUCCGCCUUCCUCUUCUCUAUAGAAGUCCAGGUGACCAUCGGCUUUGGGGGUCGGAUGAUCACAGAGGAGUGCGUCUCGGCCAUCAUCAUCCUCAUAGUGCAGAACAUCGUCGGACUGGUCAUCAACGCAAUCAUGCUGGGUUGCAUCUUCAUGAAAACUGCGCAGGCCCACCGGCGCGCAGAGACGCUCAUCUUCAGCAAGCAUGCAGUCAUCUCCCUCCGAAACAGCAAGUUGUGUUUCAUGAUCCGCAUCGGGGACCUUAGGAAAAGCAUGAUCAUCAGCGCCACCGUGCGGAUGCAGGUGGUUAGGAAGAGCACCACGGAGGAGGGAGAGGUGGUGCCCCUCAACCAGAUCGACAUCCACAUGGAUAACCCGGUGGGUACCAACGGGAUUUUCCUGGUGUCUCCGCUCAUCAUCUCCCAUGUGAUCGACAGGUCCAGCCCUUUGUACGAGCUAUCACCGACCGACCUGCAGCACCAGGACUUGGAGGUGAUCGUGGUACUGGAGGGGGUGGUGGAGACCACCGGCAUCACCACGCAGGCCAGGACGUCCUACGUGUCGGAGGAGAUCCUGUGGGGGCAGCGCUUCGUGCCAACGGUAUCCGAAGACGAUGGCAUGUACGCCGUGGACUACUCCAAGUUUGGCAACACCGUGAAGGCACCGACACCGUGCUGCAGCGCAAAGGAGCUGGAAGCGGCCGGUGGCAUCGCGCGGUUUAAGCUGAACGAGGGCGUCACCAUGCGGACGUCCGUGAGAAGGCGGAGGGGGGCCGCGAUGGUGCGCAGGUCCAGGUUGGAGAACAAGUGAUGCAUUCUGUUUAAAACUAAGUCGCUUCACUUUCAGGAUAAUUAAAUAUCUGAAUCAUAUUUAUUUUACACAUGCGCGGUGUAUGCAAACAUAAACCACUGUUUAACUCAGGGUCCGAGUGGCAAAGCACUGAAAUAAUUAUGUUAAAGGCAUAGUUCAGAACUUUUAAAUUGGGGUUCCGUAAAAGGUUACAAGUAGUUAAUAACCUAUCUGCCAUAAAUGAUUCUCUAUGACUCCAUAUUUAUUAUAAAUCCAGAGUGGUUGAACCAUCUUGAAGGAACAGUUUGAAACUUGUCACAAUGAUUUAUGUCAAAGCUGUUUUUAAUGAGGCUUUAAAAACGAUUUCCCCAGUGCCGUAUUUAAAAAGACGUGGGCCCCUGGGCUCAAGCCAGUUUUGGUGCCUGACACACAAAAGUUUCCUAUAUGUGUAGAGUGUUUAAGAUGCGUUAUUCUGUAAUAAAUAUUUAUAAACCAGUCAAUCUCAAACCCUAUCAAAAAUCAGUCUGAUGACAUCAAAUAUAACCUGAAGGAUGAAUUAUUUUCCUUUCAUUCACUGAGCCAUCUCUAUAACAAAGAAACAAAGCAAGUAGAUUUCUGUGAAUCUGACAGUAUUAGUUAGUGAUUAUAAGAAUAAUUAUCAGGAGCUGGCGAUUAAUAAAAUCAUGCAAUGAAUUUAUCAUUAUUUUGACUAUUAACUAAUAAUUUAAUUAAGCUAAAGAGACACAAAUUAGCAAAGAAAAAAGCUAAAAAGAUACAAACACUGAUUCUACUAAAAGAGAAACUAGCAAACUGAAGUUUCAAAAAUGCUAAUUAAACUGACUUAAGUCUAUUUUUAUAAAGUGUUUAUUUGUCUCUCUGGAGUUAAAAGAAAAGAGUAAAACUCACAGAUUGUUCCUUCAGCUUUCAACACCAGAACUGCCAGGGAUAGAACUAGAAAUAGUGCCUUACCUUGGUCUGACCGUUUUUUUUUUUCUGCCACCUCCGUCUCUCAGGUUAGAAAUCAACAGGUUUAUCUGUCUGUCACUCUGAAAUGGAAAGCGGUACUGAACGUUUCAAAAUACUCACUUUGAAUUUAGAACUGGGUCGGAUGUAAAUGAAGAAGCGCUUAAAGAAAGUUAGUAAGUGUCUGAAAUUACACAUCCAAGGCUUUAAGGAAAAACAAAAAGUCCUGCGAGUUCUUUCCACAAAAUUAAAUCAAUAGUACUGGGUUGUGAUGAAAAUUCAGAAACAGGAUUAAUGUCAAACUUCUGAGAAAAUAAGUCUCAAGUGGGCAGUUACAGAUAAAAAAAUGUUUAUGUCAGGCAGUAAAGAGGACUAGGAGGUAUGAAUUAAAGCCUAAAGCUUUGUGGUGGGUUUGCAGGUUUUAUUUGAGUUGAAGUCACAACUCACCAGGAUCAAUGUGUUCUGGGAGGAGACAUCAAAUGACAGAUUAGCCAAUCAGAAGCAGACUUGGGGUAACAUGACAGUUAUGUAUGGCUAGAAAGCCAAUAGAAAAUGGAUAUCAUCUGUCAACAAUCUAUUACUGCCGCCAUAAUAUCACCUGACUGGAGGCAUUUUCACAUUUAAAGUUUCACACAUGGAAUCAUUUUAUUAAAUAAUUAUUCUCAAACUAAUACGCUUGAUUAAAAUUUUAACAUGAAAUGCCCUCUAAAAUUCCUAUUUUAAGUCUAGAAGCUAAUUUAUUUAAACAGGACAUUGACGUAGGAGGCAGUGCAACAUUAAUGAUCUUCUGAUGUGAAAAGAAUAAAGUAGGACAUAUUUCAGUUUUAUCAGGUGUUCUGAUAUUUCAUUUAAGUUGUCUGGCCCAAACGGUGAUCAGAACCACAAGCAAUGGAAAAAGGGUGUAACCCAAAAUAUAUUCAUUUUAACAUAUUAUGCAAUUAAAUGAAUGUACAUAAUUACAAAGACAAACUUAUAAAAAAUAGUUUAAGUAGUUUGGUACAAAUGGAAGUAGGAGGGGAUGAAAUAUUAUAUGUCGGUACAUGACAGGGCUAUAAACUGGUGAAGAGGAGAAACAACUCAGUCCCAGUAGAGAAACAUUUUUCUAUUGCUGGUAAAAAAUUAAUUAUUUUUAACCUUUUAAUGAAACCCUACUUCAAAAAAUCUGAGCUAACCAUUUAAUUAGAGUCCUGGUAUCCAGAGUGAAAUGUUUGUUUUAUAAUCUAAGGGUAAUUGCAUGUAUUUUAAAUUAUUAAAAGGGAAAUGUUUAAUUUAAAUAUAAGAAUGUUGUAUAUGGCCUUGCUGAAAAUUAUGUGAAAAUUAAAGUUUUUUUCAUGUA